AAGGCCAGACGUGGAGGGAGUUGCUCGAGGAGAGUCUCAGUAUUAUGUUGGGUCAGUUGGCGAUUAAUAUCAGGGUGCAGGCACAUCUUCAGGAUCAGGAGGUCUUUCUUCUGGGAUACCAUGGAGAUCGUGUGCAUAUUGUUCGGGGGUAUUUUUCCAAGGAGAGGAUCGCUAGAGUGCUCGCGAAGGGGUUUUCGGAUAAGGAAGUCUUCGAGUUGGGAUUCAGCCGAGGUUGGGAUCUCUGUCGGAAGGAGGAUUGGCUGGAGGUUAUGCGUGGGCUGACUAGGCUGCUUCGGUAUUUGAUGAGUGGUGAGGCUAUGGUUGGUGCUUUGCAGGUUCUUUUGCAGGAUGGUGCAGAGACUGAUGUUUGACCAAUGUCGGG